AUGGAAGAUGGAACCACGUGCACUAUCUGUGGCGAACCCCUAGAAAAUAAUAUAGAUACAAUCGUACAAGUGCAUUGUCGAGGUUUAAAAACUUUUAUAGAUAAAAAUAAAAGUAGAGAAGAUGAAAAACACAUACUAUGGGAAGGGAAAGAAAGUGUCAAUUUUCACGAAAGCUGUAGAAAACGUUAUUCUGCGUUGAAAUCGACGAGUAAAAGAAAAAGAGAAUCUUCUAUACCUUCCUUAUAUUCACCUACAACUUCUAACGAUUCAAAUGAUUUUAAUUUUGAUGAAUAUUGCUUUAUUUGCAAUAAAUUAUUAGACCGUUAUCAUAAAAAAGUUUCUACUUUACAACAUUUAUAUACUUACCAGAAUAUUUUAAAAGUAGCUUCUACAAAAAAUGAUGAACUUGGUGGAGCAGUAUGGAAUCGACUUCGUAACAUGUCCUUUAAGGAAAAAUUCUUUCAAUACCAUUAUGUGUGUUAUAUUAAUUUCUGGCAUAAUCCUUCGAAAGUAUCGUUAGAAGAAGAACAUUCAGAACAAGUAACUGAUCUAUCUGACGAAGAACCCGUAUCUUCUAAUUUUGACAUUGAAAGAGAUCGUGUAAUUGAUAAUAUAUGUAGUUACAUUGAGAAAAGUGGCAAAUUUCAAUUUACUUUAUCGAAAUUGCAUGGUUUGAAUGAAAAAAAAAUCAGAAAUAAACUAUUGUGCAAUAGAUUGCAAGAUAAAUACAACGAUGAUAUUUUUAUUUUGAAACAUCCUGGUCGGGAAAUAUUUAUUUACUAUAAAAAAAUUAAUUUCACUCAAAUAUGUAGCGAUUGGGUUAAUAAAAAGUCAAUAAGCGAUUUCGAAAAGAACGCCGUUAUAAAUUUUGCUACUGAAAUUCUGCGGUCUGAAAUUUUGAACGCAAAAUAUCAAAAUUCUUUGUACCCACCAGCUGAAAAAUUUCUUGAUAACGUGAAUUCAGAAAUUCCACAAUUAUUAAAAAACUUCCUCGACGGCGUUUUAAAUAGUAAAGGAAGAAUGAAAAGUGUCGAAGAAAAUCAAGAGAAAAUCGACAUGAUUGCACAUAGUAUAGUGACUUACACACGUCCAAGAGCUUUUCUUUCGAAUUUACAGCUGGCUCUAGGAUUGUAUGUUUAUAGAAAAACGGGAUCGCGAAUCGUAAUUGACCUUCUUUCGAAAUUUGGAGUAUGCGCAUCAUAUUCAUCUAUUCAAUUAUAUGAAGCCUCAACAAUCAUUAAUUCGCCGAUUCAUCAUGUUGAUAGUGCAUUUGUUCAAUUUAUAUUCGAUAAUACCGAUCACAAUGUUGGAACAUUAGAUGGUCGCGAAACUUUUCAUUGUUUAGGGGGUGUUACGUGA